CAUCUCAACUAUUUAAUAAAAAAAAAUAAAAAGAAGAAGAAAAUAGAAAAGAAUCAUUUAAUCCGUCUCCUACACUUUUUUUAUAUAAUUUUUCUACCCUUUGUAUAGCUAAUCAUCACUUUGAAUAAUUUUUAAUGGAGUCUUACAUCCUAAAGAUCACCGUUAUUCUUUAUAUAGCAAUAACAGCUACGGAAGCGACACUUUUACUUCCUACAGGAAGUGUAUUAGGAGGGAGCUUACAACAUGGAGGUGGUGCAAACAUUGGUGGUAAUUUUGAUAUUAGCCAUCAACAACAAAUUGGAGUUUCUGGUGGACUUAAUAAGGGAAUUUAUGUCGGAGGUCAAGGGGCGGCACAAGGGACAAUACAAGGUCAAGCACAAUUGGGUUCUGAAUCCAAUAUUAAUGCGAAAGUUUCAGGUUCAGGCCAAGGGUCAGGUUCAACCCAUGGUCAAGUUGGUUUGGGUGGCGGCGGCCAAGGUAAUACUCGUUUGGGUAGUAGCCUUAACGUUGAUAAACAAUUUAGAGGUUCUAUAGGCGCUGGUGUUGGUGCAAAUGUUGGAAAUCCAUCUUCAAGCCAAGUAUCAGGUUCUUUAGACACUAGUCUUGAUGCUAAAGCGAGAGCUUCAGGCCAAGCUAAUUUGGGUGGUAACAAUAACCUUAAUGAAAAAAGUGGAGGUUCAGUUGACUCUAGUUUUACUGCAAAAACAAGAGUUUCGGGUUCAGGCCAAGGUUCGGGACAAGGUCAAGCUCAAGAUCAAGCUCAAUUCGAUAAAAAAAUUAAUUCUGAUAAAAAAAGUGAAGGAUCGGGUUCAAUUCAGGCAUCAAAUUUAAGCAAAGGAUCAGGCCACAAUCAAGAACAAUUAGGUGGCAAUGUCAACUUUGAUAAAAAGAACAAAGGAUCAGUAGGCUCUAAUAUGGGUGUUUUAGGUUCUGGUGAAAAACCAGACUCAAGCAAAAGUCAAACAUCAAAAUCAGGAAAAGCAUCAGGCACGCCUGGUUCAGGAUCCACACCUAGCCAAGGCUCUAUUAAAAAAUCUAAACAAGAAUCACAACUAGGACAAGUAACUGGUGAAUCUUCCAACAAGUAUCAUGGACAAGCAUCUGACGAGUCUUCUACAAGUUCAUCUAAUCAUUCAUUUGGAAAGUCUUCUGUCCAAACAUCUAAUAAGUCUUUUGAAAAAUCUUCAGACAAGAAAGCAAGUCGAUCAUCGACCGGAAAAAAUACAAAUGAACUAAAAUCUGGCAAAAAUUUAGAAAAUUCUACGGGAAAGAAAUCUAGUCCAUCACCGAAAACAACUCUGGUACAAGGAUCGGGCCAAGCAUCUGACCAAUCUUCUAAAUCAUCUUCAACACAUGGUUCAAGUCAAACUACGAGUAAAUCAUAUGGAACAUCUAAAGAUCAUAUAUUUAAGAAAUCUUCUGGACAAGGAUCAGGCCAAGUCUCUGGAGAAUCAUCAAACAAAGAGAAAUCAUCUAAUCAAUCCUUUAAAAUUGGAAAAUCAACUAAAAAAUUUCCAGGAGUUUUUUCAGGUCAUCAAGCAUCCGAUGAAGCAUCUGGAAAAUUUUCAAGCCAAGCAUCUGGGGGAGCUCAUGAAAAGUCUUCAACACAAGGAUCAAGUAAAUACCUUGAUAAAUCUUUGGGAUCAUCUACAAAACAAGGGUCAUUUGGGAAAAGUUCAAACCAAUUCUCUAGUCAUCAUAAAAAUUCCUCAAAGCAUGCAUCAAAUAGUUUUUCUUCGACGUCUUCAAGCAACUCUUCUGGAAAAUGCACAUGCCAAGAUUCAACUAACCCGUCAUCCGGUCAACCUUCUAGGAAACUCUUAGUUAAUGCCUAGUCGAAAAAAAUAAUAAAAGAGGGCAUAUAAUAAUAUUAUAUAUCACUCUAUUUUAUUAUUUACUAGUUUAUGUGUCACAUGCAUAAUAAUUACAAUGGAUCUUACUAAUAUAUCAUA